AUGAAGUGGCCGACACUGUGCCGCCGUGCCGCGCCUGACCCGCCGUGCGUGUCCCCCCGCCUCGAGUUGUUCCGGCAGCGCCUCGCCGAGGUCGAGGUGAAUCUCCGCGGCGAGCUCGUCUGCCUCGACCUCGCCGCCGAGGUCAGUGCCUCCGUUGUCUCCCUCCCCGUCGUCUCCGUCCCCGUCGCCGCCGUCGACGGCCUCAACGGCGAUCUCGGCGCGCACGACUGCCGAGAUCCCGCACCAGCCUCCCGGCGCUCAUCCCCCGCGAACCUCGAGUCUGCCAGCGCACGCCCCGUCUCGGUGCGACUCGCGCCGCCGCCGUACCGUGACUGGCCCGAGUCCUCUUCCGUCUCCGUCCCCUCCGUCUCACACAGCACGCCCCUCGCGUCCCUCGCGCCCCUCGCCGAAACCCCCUCGCCCACCCCGCCAACCGACGCAACUCCCCUCCCCCACGCCACGCGCGAUCAGAAGCGCGCCGAGAUCGAGCGCCUCCGCGCCCAAAUCGACGUGCUCGCCGCCGCAAGCGUCGCCGACACCCCGAAGAUGCGUGUAUGGGCCCGCCGGCCCGCGCCUGGCCGGCUGUGGCGGCUCUUCGAGACGCGUGCGCGGCGGUAGCGGUGCGAAGUCUCUGUAUCCUAGCCGCAGGACGAAGGACGAGCUGGCAUAUGGAGAUUGUGGGCUUCUGUACGCACGGACAUGCAGUGCUCGACCGGUCGCCUUGCUUAGCGCGAGCACGUGCCCCGGAGCGAGCUGACACGACAUCUCUCAGGUCGUGGACCAUAGUAAUAACUCGACCGUCAUGG